AUGGACGAACAAGUUGAGCCCACUGUCAAGUCCAACCGAGUUCCAAUCAAAACACGCCUGGCAGAAGCCUCGGAUCAUGCACAGGUCGAACAAAUUAUUCGAGAUGCCUUCUUGACGAAGAUCCGGGCUUUGUUCGAGCACGAGGGCGAUGACACUCAAGACACAGACUUGGAAGGUCUACGUCUAGAUGGAUUGGGUAUCGACUCGCUAUCUGCAGUCGAGAUUCGGAGCUGGUCCAUGAAGACCUUUGAAGUGAACAUUCCUGUUCUCAAGAUCCUCGACGGUGUCACCAUUGGGGACCUGGUGGCUCUUGUCCUUGACAAGAUCCCCGGGCGUUUGAUUCCCCAAGUGGGUCACGUACCUUCGGCAGAGCAGAGCGAGUCCCAGGAGUCAUUCAGCCAGUCUAGCGGAGAAGCCGUUACCAGGGACUCCACUGAUACCAGCUGCUCAUCCGAGAUCGAAGAGACCUCAGAAGAGCCUACUAUCAGCAAGUUCAGUAGAAUCGCCAACCCCAUCAUCCAGAACUCCUUCAGAUUGUCCUUUAGUCAGGAUAUGUUCUGGUUCCUAUGGGCGUCGUUGGAAGACAAGACAAGCCUAAACCAUACUGGAUGGGCGCGAUUGACCGGCAACCUGGAUAUCGCGAGGCUUGAACAUGCAGGAAUCAUGGGCACCAGCACACUCAGAUUGGAAGUCCAAAAGAUUCAAUCAGAAGACGAGGUACCGGUGACGCGGAUGGCAAAGUUAUUGCAGAACCAGAUAUUUGACGUGGAAAGAGGCAGCACAAUGCGUCUGGUUCUCCUCUCUCUCUCACCGGAGAAACACUUUCUCGUAUUCGUUGUGCAUCCCCUCGCCUUCGAUGGUACAUCCUUCCAGGUCUUCUUGACAGAGCUUCUUAGCUACUACACUGAUCCAGAUCAGAGGAAAGAUACACGGCAGUACUCAGAGUUCUCUGAGAAGCAACACGCCGACUUUGAGGCCGGCAGGUUCAGCGCAGAGUGCGAUUUCUGGAGGGCGGAGUUUGCAACAUUGCCUCUGCCUCUUCCUAUCCUCAGGUUGUCCACAGCGACCUCACGACCUCCUUUGACAGCAUUUGAGAACGAACAAGCAGUCUUGUGGAUCAGCAGGGAGACCAAAUCACAGGUCCAGGCUGCGUGUCGCCGGCUAAGAGUAACACCUUUUCAUUUCUACCUCGCCGUGUUUAGGACAUUGAUAUUGAGAUAUGCCCCUGAUGCGGAGGAUAUUUGUAUUGGGUUUGCCGACACGAAUCGUACAGAGGACCAGACGAUGGAGAUGAUCGGUACAUUCGUCAACCUGCUCCCGCUACGCUUCAUCACCAAAGGAUCGGCAAAGUUCGAGAGCCUACUGCAGGAUGCACGGAACAAAGCAUAUGCUGCCUUGGCUAACUCAGGCCUUCCGUUCCCGGCUCUUCUGACACAACUGGGCCAGCGGACUCAAGGCACUUGGGGCGAUGUGGACCUCCAAUUCAUGGACUUCAAAAACCUCAGGAUGGCGUACGAUGUCGCUCUAGACAUCGUAGAUGAGCCUGACGGCCAUUGUGUUCACAUAUUCGAAGUACAGAAAGACCUCUACGGCAGUUCUGGAGCCGAAAGGCUUUCCAAGAGCUACGAGAAUCUUCUCAAGGCCUUUGCCGCGAACACGGUUCUAACACUGGAUGAGCCAACCAUAUUCCAGAAUAGUGAUAUUAUGGAGGCACUUAGAUUCAGUCAAGGCCCGUCAGUCCCUACCAAGUGGCCACAGACGGUUAGUCAAAGGAUCGACGAGGUCAUUAAGUCAAAGCCCCAAGAGUCGGCAAUCCAGCUCGCACAAGGUGAAACCUUCACUUAUGGGGAUCUUUCAAGCCACGCAAAGGCCGUCGCAGCGUCAUUGCAAGCGUCCUGCAUCGGCCAUGGAACCCCGGUGGCCGUUCUUCAGGAGCCAACUCACCUGUGGAUUGCUUCCAUCCUUGGAAUUUUCCGACUAGGCUCAGUCUACUUACCUCUCGAUCUCAGUCUCCCAUGGGCACGGCUCAAAGCCAUGGUAAAUGACUGCCGUCCCGGAGCUGUGCUUGUAGACCAAUAUACAAGGCACAAGGUCGACGAGCUGGGUGUAAUACCAGGUAUGGUGGUCAUAGACGUAUCGUCUCUUCAUGACCUACAUUUUGCGAGCCCGAUUCGAAGCGCCUUUACCAAGGACAGCAUGGCCGCCGUGUUGUAUACUAGCGGGUCAUCUGGCAGGCCCAAGGGUAUCAUGUUGACGCACCGAGGGCUGUGCAACUGGGCUGAACAUGUGCCACCCAUGUAUGGUCUGGAGUCAGAGAUCAUUCUGCAGCAGACUUCUUCCACGUUUGACGUCUCGUUGAUGCAGAUACUGACUGCGCUCACUCAUGGGGGACUGCUAUGUCUGGUGCCGAGAAAGCUGCGUGGAGAUGCGAGCGCCAUCGGGAGCAUCAUGGCACGGCAUAAUGUGACCCUCACCUACGCCACACCUACAGAAUAUUCGUCUUGGAUUGAACACAGUAGGCAGGCACUCAUCCAGUGUGAGCACUGGAGGACAGCAAUCUGCACCGGGGAGAGCAUCCCGACGACCCUCCCAAAGAAAAUCCUCUCUUUGAGAAAGGAGCAAUUGCGCUUAUGCAACCUCUACGGACCGACUGAGGCAUCUCUGGCCGCAAGCGGCAUGGCAGUUCCACAUUCAUCAGACCCAACGGCCCAGUCUGAGUCGCGAAAUCUUGAGCUCGUGCCAGCUGGCCAUCCGCUGCCCAACUAUUCCAUCUACGUGCUUGACGGCCAUUUGCGACCAUUACCUCCGGGAGUCCAAGGCGAAAUAUACAUCGGAGGGCCUGGUGUUGGGCUAGGCUAUCUGGGCAAUCCCGAAUUGACGGCUGAAAAGUUUGUGCCAGACGUACUUGAGCACCCUGACGGCCUUCCGAUAAGCCCCAGCACCCUCCACCGCUCCGGCGACCUGGGCCGAUGGCGAGAAGACGGCGCGCUGAUGGUCGAGGGCCGCAUAGAGGGAGAUACGCAGGUCAAGCUGCGCGGCUUGCGUAUCGAUGUCAGCGAGGUGGAGCACGCCAUCAUGGUUGCAGCACAGGGGAUGCUGUGCCAAGCCGUCGUGACUGCCCGCAAGCUCUCAGCUGAUUCCUGCUUGGUACUAGUGGCCCAUGUGGUCUUCAGUCAAAGCUGCCAUGAGGACGAUUUCGACGAGCACAUACGCCAAUUCCAAUCAGGGCUGUACGGUCUGCCUCAGUACAUGCGUCCUGCCGUCAUUGUCCCAGUGCGCGAUCUGCCCAAGAACAACGCUGCGAAACUCGACAGGAAAGCAGUAGCGAAUCUGGUUCUUCCAAGACAGGAAAAUGACUCAAUGUCAAAGAACUCUGAAACAUUGACAGAGACAGAGGUUUCCUUGAAGAGUCUAUGGGAAGAUGUCAUUGGACAAGGUGUCCGCAACUCUACCAAUAUCAUGCCCGGGACGGAUUUCUUCCAGAUUGGGGGAACGUCAUUGUUGCUCCUGGCUCUGCGUACCCGCGUCGCAGAAAUAUUUGAUGUCCGGAUUCCGCUCAUACGCAUGUUCGACCACAGUACGUUGUCCUCAAUGGCAUGCUGGAUUGACGACAGACGUGAGCAGCGGCAACAGCCUGAUGACUUCGGCGGCACUGACCAAGUCAUCGACUGGGACAAAGAAACGGAACUGCCUUCAAGUCUCUUGUCCCUGUGUCUGCCCGAAACAACGUCGAAUGUUGCAGGUGCCAAAACUGUGGUACUCACAGGUGCUACGGGCCAUCUGGGUCGAGGUCUCCUGAGCGCUCUAGUUCAGGAUCCGAAGAUAAAAAGGGUGCACUGCAUUGGGAUGCGAAACACAAACGCCCGCCGCGAUAUCUUGGAAGAUGAAAAAAUCAGAAUCCACGAAGGUGAUCUACAUCUUCCCUCGUUGGGCCUGUCACACGACAAUGCCGAGCGUAUCUUUGACGAGGCCGACCUCAUCAUUCAUAAUGGGGCAGACAUGUCGUACCUCAAGACAUAUGCCUCGCUCCGGAGGUGCAACGUUGAGUCCACCAAGGAGCUCGCUCGCAUGAGUGCUCACCGCCCCAUUCCCUUCCACUUCAUCUCGACAGUGUCUGUCGGCCAUAUCAUCGCGGAUGCAAGGGCAGUCACGGCGGCGAAGGAUGUGGAACUGCAUGCAGAUGGCGUACGAAAGCAACAGGAUCCAACAGAUUUCGUUUUCAGGCCCGUCUCAGUCGCGGCCUAUCAUCCGGCGAAGAGAUCGGCCCCUGGGACCGGCUCGGCAGCCAUGGCUCACGGCUACAUAGCCUCCAAGUGGGCGAGCGAGUGCUUCCUUGAAAGACUGAACGCGCGCUUCCCAACUUGGCAGGUCUGGAUCCACCGCCCAAGCCUCAUUUCCCGCCGCGGCGACAGGACCGCCGAAACUGCGCCGGGCCUAGAGCUCGUGCAGAACAUGCGCCACUACUCUUCGUUGCUGCGGGCUGUACCCAUCGUCGCCAGAGGACGUGUGGGUGGUGUGUUCGAUCUGGUUCAGCUCGAGACUGUCGUCGACGGUAUCUUGAAAGCAGCACUUGAUCAGCCGGAACGGGCCGGGGAGGCUGCAGGCGUGCGGUUCCACCAUCACACGGGCGGGGUAGAGCUUCCUCUUGGAGAUUUGCGUAGAUGGCUCCUGGAAGAUGAAGAGUGGGGCGGAAGUCAGGGGACGGCCGUGUCCGAGGUGGAAGAAAUUGACCUUGCGGAGUGGACACGGAGAGCAGCGUCAUUGGGCAUGCACGAAACCAUCGUGGCCAUGUUAGGUGAGUUUAUAGUGGCAGAAGGGGCGAUUAAGGUGCCCAGGGUAGGAAAGUAG